AUGACUCUGGCGGACAUGGAUCGGGUCAAGAUUGAGGUCUGCAAACUUUGCGAAUCCUGUUGUAAAGCCAUUGAUCUGAUCGAGAAGACCGUCAUCGAAGAUGUUGCACUCAGGUUGCAUUCGCGCCUUUUUAUGUGCGAGGCUUUGGUGGUGUGUUUGACGGCUCAACCGUUUGUCCAAUCGGGCAAAAUAGUGGAGAUUCCGGGCACUGACUGUAAUCUCGCUCAUGGAGUGCAGCAUUUAUUUGACCUGGCCGGCAUGAAAGUGGAAGAUAUGGACAAGGUGAGAGUGGAGUUGUGUAAGACAUGCGAACCAUGUUGUAAAUCAAUACAACUCGUUGAGGAUCUGCUCAAAGAAGCUUAA